CGCAGUACUUCUAGUAUGCGCGGGGCGGCUUUUGCCUCCACCAAGAUGGCCGCUGCUGCUUUGCGGCUUUUACUAGUGGCUGGAUUUGGGGUGACACGAGCGGCGUCGCUGGUAGAUGAGGCCGGUGGUCAGGCCCAGGUGUUGGGGUUGCGACUGGAAGAUGGAACUGGAGUGUCUAUGAGCGGCGGGGUCAUUAGGGCUCGUCCUGGUUCUCUUUUCCGUCUCCGUCUGUACGGCUCUGGUUUACGGAAUGACACCUGGCCAUGGCUGUCUAUUGGGGCCCCUGAGGGCCAAGGCUGUACCCCUGCGGCACAGUCUCCCUUGAAUCUCCUGGAUGAUUUCGUGGUGUGCAGUGAGCACUCGGGACUGGUCACUGUGAAGGUUCAGGAUGGGGUCACAGGGGGGAAAGGCCUCGCCUAUCCCCUGUGUAUCCGCCAGGGGGCAGAAUGGGUCAUAUAUCCAGGGGGUGACACAGUUGUCACAGUGGCAGAGGAUGAAGAAGAGGAGAGGCCCCCAUGGGUGAGGGUAGAGCAGGCGCAGUGUGUCCCGUUUUCACCCAGCCCUAGGUCUCAGGUGGUGGGCCUCAAGUGUUCCCCAAAAGAAUACCUGGAGGUGUGGGUCCUGGCUCUGCUCAUCGUCCUGUGUGUACUGCUGUCCGGCCUUCUUCGAGGAAUACAGCUCAGCACCCUAAUUCUAGAACCCCCUGAACUUGGCAUCCUCAAGGACUGGGGCUCCCCCUCGGAGAGAUCGGGUGCCACCCGGCUGGAUUAUCUCAGGACUCGAUGGGGAGGCUACACGCUCAUCUCCCUUUUGGCCUUGUGCUGUAUUACUAAUGCAGCUGUCGCUGUCCUCCUUUACCACGCCAUAGGCUCGGUUGCUGGCGCUAUUUUUUCAGCAGCUGGACUGCUCUUAUUUGCUGGAGAAGCCAUGCCCGCUGCCGUUACUUCUGUCUGGGGUCCUUGGUUGGCAUCCAAGUGUCUCUGGCUCACCCACUUCUUUCUGCUUCUGCCCGUGCCUGUUUCGUUUCCCCUAUCCUGGCUCCUCGAGAAGGUCUUUGGGCAGGACCCAAGCUGCUGUCGCCUGAGAUUGCGAAUUUUAGAACUGGCCAGAUGUGGGGAUCCCUACAUUGAGCUGGUACGGGAUGAAUUCAGCAAGGUAGCGUUAAGGAACCGGACAGUGGAAGACAUAUUGACACCCGUGAGCGACUGCUUCAUGCUACCAAGCGAUGCCCUACUGGACUUUAACACCAUGUCCAGUAUCAUGGAGAGCGGCUACACCCGUAUCCCGGUCUACGAGAAUGAGCGCUCCAACAUUGUGGACAUCCUGUACUUGAAAGACCUGGCCUUUGUAGACCCCGACGAUUGCACCCCUCUGAGCACCAUUACACGGUUCUACAGCCACCCCGUCCACUUUGUCUUUAGUGACACCAAGCUGGACGCUGUGCUGGAGGAGUUCAAGAAGGGCAAGUCCCACAUGGCCAUAGUACAGAAGGUGAACAACGAAGGAGAAGGAGACCCGUUCUAUGAAGUGAUGGGGCUGGUCACUCUGGAAGAUGUUAUCGAAGAGAUUAUCAAGUCCGAGAUCCUGGAUGAAUCAGAAGACUCCAAGCAUAAUGUAAAGAAGAAGCAACCCAAAGUGCGUCCUAUCCCAAUGUCUCGUGGUGGGGAAGACCUGUCCUUUUUCAAGACCUCUGACACAGAACAGAAACUCAAGCUGUCACCCCAACUCUUACUGGCGACCCAGCGCUUCUUAUCACAAGAAGUGGAGCUCUUCAGCACCUCCCGAGUGUCAGAAAAGGUCCUCCUGCACUUAUUAAAGCUUCCAGGGGUCACUCAGGAGGUAAAGUUUGAUGACAAUGACCGCCUGGCCCCUGAGCACUACCUCUACCAGCGCAGCCAACCUGUGGACUACUUCAUUCUCAUUCUGCAGGGCCGAGUACAAGUGGAAAUUGGAAAGGAAGGUCUGAGGUUUGAGAACGGGGCAUUUACUUACUUUGGGGUGGCUGCACUGAGCCCCUGUCUACUAGGUCACCAAUCUCCUACCAGUGGUCAAGACCAAAAUGAGUCUCCAGAUUCCGGCUUCUACUGUCCAGACUAUUCUGUGAGAGCCUUAUCUGACCUUCAGAUAAUCAAGGUCUCCCGGCUGCAGUAUUUGAACGCUCUCCGGACCUCACACUCGCACACCAGCGCUCAGUCUCCAGACAGCAUAGAACUGAAGAUAUUUCCAAGCAGCCAAACUCAGCUACUGAAUGACAAGAAUGUCACCUCAGGUACAGAAACAAAGAAAGAUGCUGGAAGGCCGAGUGCUGAAAUGGAGAGGAGAGCAGAGGGCUCAUCACCCUAAACCACCCUUACCUCACCAGUGAAGCCUGGGAUCAACCUUACCUAGAGACUCCUUAGUGGAGUGGAUAGUGUCUUACCUGUGCCACGUUAUUCUUCUACAAUGAACAGUACUUUGUGAAGACAGCAUUAAUGUAGUAGAUUUCCCUGGCAGGUCACAGGGACAUCGCCUUCUCCGUCCCUGGAGUAGUUGUACAUAGUGUUAUAACACUUCUCCUGUGGAGGGUGAGCCUGAAGACUGUGAAGGUGUAGGGUAUAAUAAUAAGCUAGAGCAUUUAUAGACAAGAUAUGUUAUAGGUUUAUUUUGUAUUAAGCUAAUCCGGGGCUGGGGUAUGGAAAUUGGAAGCAUUUAUGACAAUGAAAACAAUUUAUCCUUAA